GCAGUGGAUGCUUUAGCAGGUUGUUUCAUAGAUACCCUCGAUCUGCAGUCACCUAAUGGUGAUAUCCCAUUACGAAGUAUGAUAGCGAAAAUCAAAUGCCAAAGACUUCUUGCCGGGCACUAUAUCACUUGCCUUUACAUGCUCACCAAAUUAUUCUACACUAUCAACAUAGUCGUACAAUUCAUGUUACUUAAUGCGUGCCUCAAAUCUGACGAGUACCUCUUCUUUGGAUUUCAGGUCUUACAGGAUCUUCUUGCCGGCAAACCUUGGACCGAAUCCGGCCACUUUCCUCGUGUAACUUUAUGUGACUUUGAAGUUCGAUAUCUAGCCAAUCUGAAUAGAUACACGGUACAGUGUGCGCUCCUGAUAAAUAUCAUUAACGAGAAAGUCUUCGCAUUUUUGUGGUGUUGGUAUCUCUUACUAGUGAUAGUCACAUCGUAA